GUGCAUAUUUUGAAAUUGCGUUGCUCGCGGUGACACGGAAACCAGAGGCGUGUCACUGAGCGCACUGGUGACCGGAGAGACCCCGCAGCUCUCCACUCACACUGCGCGCUGCGCUCGCUGUGCAAACUACCGGCAGCUGCCUUUAUCCGAGCUGUGCAAACAGCAUCUCCCAGCCGAGAUCGAGGAAGAGUGGCCCGCCCGGCCGAGACAGGACGAGCGAUGUGUUGGAAAGAGAGCACACUAGCGCUGUGCUGCUUACUGUGGCUCGCAGCGCACACCAAGGGUUACUCUUUGCCGUAUUCCCCAGAGAAUGAAAUGAUUUGCCGGGACUCUGUGAAGGAGUAUUACAGAGAGGAUCUGAAACUCUGCUGCAGCCGCUGUCCCCCAGGUACACACCAGGGGGCGGUGUGCUCCAUGGCCUCAGACACGCAGUGCAAGCCAUGCAGGGAGAGGACCUACACCAGCAUCUGGAACUACAGCCCCCAGUGCUUCAGGUGCCCCGGAGCGUGCAGGGAGGAGGAUGGGAUGGUGGAGAGCAGUCCCUGCACUCUCUUCAGCCCGCGUCUCUGUGAGUGCGUCGAGGGGAUGUUCUGUGUGCUGAGGAGAGACUCGAUCCCUUCCUGUGAAAUGUGCCAGACGCGCACCUGGUGUGAGCCAGGCUUCGGAGCUUCCGGACCAGAAUCUGUGGACCAGGACACGGUGUGCUCUCCCUGUGAACCCGGGUCCUUCUCCUCCCAGCCCAGCUCUGCACCCUGCCGCCGGCACACAGACUGCUCAGCUCAGGGGCGCUCUGUCCUGUCUCAGGGGACCAGCUCGUCGGACGCAGUAUGUGGGGGUGCAGUGGAGGGGCCUCCAGUCCCAAUCACCCCCCCAGGAGGGGGCAGCACUGAGCCACCCCACACUCGCUCCCCAAACCCUGGCAGAGACUCUUCCCCUACAGUCUCUGUGGGAGAGCUGAGAGCCCGGAGCGAGGGUGGAAGCUUGGAGCAGGAAUUCAUGUAUGGUAUUGUAGGCGGGAUAGCGGUGUUACUUCUCAUUGUCGGGGUCCUUGCUGCAAAGUGUGUCCAGAUGAGAAGAGCAGUGAAGCCUCCAGGGAUCUGUAAUGCUGACGCCAGCACGGUUACCGAGUGCCCCCCUGACAGGCACCAGCAAGGAUCCUCCUUUGGCCACGCCCCCAGCCACCCCGCACAGGAAGAGCAGUGCCUUCUGGGAGACCAGGACUCCAGCAACCCCUCCCUCAUUUCCUCUUCCUCCUAUGCUGGAGAGGCCAAUCAGAGCUGUGGGCCGGGGCAGUGCUGCUCAGGCAGUGUAGAGGGAUCAGAUGCUCUGCUCUCCCACGGCACCCACGUCAGUGUCAACAUCCAGGCUGUGAUCAGCUGCCCCCACCAGCCCCCACUUACCCCCGCGCACAGGGGCUGCACGGACUCCCAGGCGGGGGUACCCCUGUCACAGGAGGAGAGCUACACCAGCCUGCCCCCCUCCCAGCAGGAGAUGGGCAAGGACGCCCGCACGGGGGUGCAGGAGUGCGGGGGAGGCGGUGCCCUCUAAGAGCUGUUAUACACAGACAAGCCAGCAGGGGCAGACAAAGCACACAAACUACCAUUGCAGUCCAGCCUGUUCUAAACAGAGCAGACUCUGUGGCUCUCUGAGCGCUUGCCUUACUGUUAAUGUUGCUGUUGUUUUUAUAGUGAUGUGCUUGAGCUGGUUCAGUAAUCUGGGAUUCAGUGCUGGCGCACGCACACAGGGACUGUCUGCUCGUCACUGGUGUUGCAGUGGGAACGUGCUUGCUGCUCUGACAGGACAGUGGAGGAUGUCACAAGCUCAGGAAGAAGGGAAGAGGAGAGGAUUCAAUAGAAGACAAAGAGUUUCCUUUCCCUUAAUUUGUUUGUAAACAUGUAAAUAAAUUUUUUUUAAUCUGCUUGAAA